CCGAUCCCGAUCGCGGAGCGGCAGCCCGAGCCCGGAGCGGCAGCCCGAGCCCCGGCGCCAGGCCCAGCCGGCUGCGGCAGCGGACCCGCCGUGAGGGAGACACCACUGAACCUCAGGACCCUGAGACUGCCAGUGCUCCUGGGUCCCCUCUGACCGCUGUGGCCGGUGUGCGCUGCCCACCCUGCUCUCCCAGGCCCUCUACCUGCAUGCUGCCAGCAGCAGCUUCUCCGCGUCUGUUAGAACCCUGCCAUUCCUUCCAGCCAGGGCUACUGCUGGUUACAAAGCCAGCGCUUGGCUUGUCUGCAUCGGCAGGGGCGUCCUCUGGACUUCGGGGUCAAAAGAUCUUAGUUUCUUCACGUGGCUGCACAGCCUGGGCUGCCGCAGGCAGGGCCCAGGACUCCCAUCUCAGUCCUUGCUGAGGACAGCAGGACCCGUGCAUUUGAGCCUGUUAGUAGGAAAGUGGGAGGGAGCGGGACCGGGACUUGAACCCAGGUACAGCACUGCCAUCCUGCAGGCGUGUUGGUGUCAGUGUGUGUGUGGACAGUUCUUCUCCAGAUCCCCACCGGAAACACUGGAGACCGGAUUUCUCCGGAAGUGAUGAUGUCGCUCCGUUUGGGCUUGUCAGGAGAUGGCUCUCGGGGUGGUGACUGCGACAGCGUCAGAGCUGAUGGCGCAGCUGGUCACCAACAGAUGUCCACUGCUCCUAACCUAAAAGGAGACUGCCAUGAAUGGUGAUACCCGGGCCGCGGUGGUGACCUCGCCACCCCCGACCACGGCCCCUCACAAGGAGAGGUACUUCGACAGAGUGGAUGAGAACAAUCCAGAAUACCUGCGGGAGAGGAACAUGGCGCCCGACCUGCGCCAGGACUUCAACAUGAUGGAGCAGAAGAAGCGAGUGUCCAUGAUCCUGCAGAGCCCUGCGUUCUGUGAAGAGCUGGAGUCCAUGAUACAAGAGCAGUUUAAGAAGGGGAAGAAUCCUACGGGCCUGUUGGCUUUACAGCAGAUUGCAGACUUCAUGACCACGAACGUCCCCAACGUGUACCCAGCGGCGCCGCAAGGAGGGAUGGCCGCCUUAAACAUGAGUCUUGGCAUGGUGACCCCGGUGAAUGACCUGAGAGGGUCGGAUUCCAUCGCAUACGACAAAGGGGAGAAGCUGCUUCGCUGCAAGCUGGCCGCCUUCUACCGCCUGGCUGACCUCUUUGGGUGGUCCCAGCUCAUCUACAACCACAUCACCACGAGAGUGAGCUCUGAGCAGGAGCACUUCCUCAUCGUGCCUUUUGGACUGCUUUACAGCGAGGUGACAGCGUCCAGCUUGGUCAAGGUCAAUCUCCAAGGUGACAUUGUGGACCGUGGAAGCACUAACCUAGGCGUGAACCAGGCCGGCUUCACACUGCACUCGGCGAUUUACGCUGCACGGCCGGACGUGAAGUGCAUUGUGCAUACCCACACGCCCGCGGGCGCCGCGGUGUCUGCCAUGAAGUGCGGCCUCUUGCCCAUCUCCCCGGAGGCACUUUCCCUUGGCGAAGUGGCUUACCACGACUACCAUGGCAUCCUGGUGGAUGAGGAGGAGAAGGUCUUGAUUCAGAAGAACCUGGGGCCCAGGAGCAAGGUUCUCAUUCUCCGCAACCAUGGGCUCGUGUCUGUGGGAGAGAGCGUGGAGGAGGCCUUCUACUACAUCCACAACCUUGUGGUGGCCUGUGAAAUCCAGGUUCGGACUCUGGCCAGCACAGGAGGACCGGACAACUUAGUCCUGCUGGACCCUGGGAAGUACAAAGCCAAGUCCCGUUCUCCAGGGCCCCCUGCGGGGGAAGGCCCUGCACCGGCUCCUCAGUGGCAGAUGGGCGAGCAGGAGUUUGAGGCCCUCAUGCGGAUGCUGGACAACCUGGGCUACAGAACCGGCUAUCCUUACCGAUACCCUGCUCUGAGAGAGAAAUCUAAAAAGUGCGGCGACGUGGAAGCCCCUGCCAGUGUCCCAGGCCACUCCUUUGCUAGCGAUGGCGACUCGGGCACUUGCUCCCCCCUCAGACACAGUUUUCAGAAGCAGCAGCGGGAGAAGACGAAGUGGCUGAGCUCUGGCCGGGCUGAUGGGGCCUCUGAGGAAGGGCAGAGCGGGAGCAGCCCCAAGUCGAAGACUAAGUGGACUAAAGAGGAUGGGCAUAGAACCUCCACCUCUGCCGUCCCUAACCUGUUUGUUCCAUUGAACACUAACCCCAAAGAGGUCCAGGAGAUGAGGAACAAGAUCCGAGAGCAAAACUUACAGGACAUCAAGACGGCUGGCCCUCAGUCCCAGGUCCUGUGUGGCGUGCUGAUGGACAGGAGCCUUGUCCAGGAUGCGCCCCUCUCUGACUGUACGGAGACCAUCGAAGGGCUCCCACUCACAGAGCAGACUCUUAGCCCCGCUAGACCUCUCUCUGUUAGAAAGGGUGAGCUGGUGACAGCCUCCAAGGCCAUCAUCGAGAAGGAGUACCAGCCCCACGUCAUCGUGAGCACCACAGGCCCCAACCCCUUCAACACGCUCACCGACCGUGAGCUGGAGGAGUACCGCAAGGAGGUGGAGCGCAAGCAGAAGGGCCGCUCGGGAGACAACCUGGAGGAGAGCAGGGAGCCAGAGGAAACGUGCCCUCCCGACCAGACGGUGGCCCCCCACACACCCCCCAGCACCCCCGUCAAGCUUGAAGAAGACGCCCCGCAAGAGCCUGUGUCACGCACAGGAGAUGACAGUGAGGCCACCACCCUGCGGCCCACGCUCCCCGACCUGUCCCCCGACGAGCCUGAGCCUUCAGCGGUGCCGGUGGAAGAGGAGGAAGAGGAAGUCCAGCACCCCCCAGGCCCCCCCAGGCUCCCUGCAGAGAGCACCCCAGACGCAGGCCCAGGGCCCACAGCUGAGGCCGCGGCGCCCGGGGACCCUGGCAGUGACGGGUCUCCUGGCAAGUCUCCUUCCAAGAAGAAGAAGAAGUUCCGCACCCCGUCCUUCCUGAAGAAGAGCAAGAAGAAGGGCGACUCCUGAGGCCGCAGCGCGCCCCGCGCCCUCCCUCCAGCUGACCCCUGCUCGGCCCCUCAGCUUCCACCGCGCACCUGCUCCAUGUCGUGCUUGGCUCCUGCCCACAGCCUUGGUCCUACGGGCCACUCGCAUGUCUGCCCACAGCCUCGGGCACCGCGGCUGCCCUGAGCUGGGGCUGGACGCGGUCUCCCCAGCGCAACGCUAUGCAUGGUCUGACCCAUCACCCCGACCAGGUCUGGAGCAUCACGUGGCUCCCCUACAUGGGAAGGGGGCGGGAGGGUCCUUUCUCGCACCUUCCUGCUGGGUUGCAGUGAGGCCUCUGACCGUGGACACGGACGGGCUGCUGCUGCUUUAGUCCCUGCCUGGCCAGGCAGGGCUGCUUCCCACAGUGACCAGAACCAUCGUGCUGGGAUGUGCUCUGAAUCAGUGCUCAGGGGGACCCGCACCGGGGUGCUGCCUGGUGCUGGCUUGGGGAGCCCCAGGAGAGGCUCCCGGCAGAGCUGGCGCCAGCGGGUGGGCCUGCUGGGUGGUCCUGCCCUGUCUGCCCACCCCCCAGGACUGCCCUCAGCCCUGUUCCUUCUUGGCCCCACGUAUGCAAUGACUUCUUUCCACUUUUGUAGUUGACACCUUUGUAUUACCACACCACACAGCCGCACACAGGAACCGGCUCUGCACAGGCUGGGGGCCUGGCUUCACUGUAUUGUUUUACUCACAAAUAAAACUCUUUAACCAGU